CGGCGGGCGGGAAGGGGCGGAGAGCGCGCUCCUGCGGAGGCGGCUGUGCUCAUCCCAGCGGCCAAGCGCUCCAGUACUCGCCGGGCUUCGCAGAUGGCUUGCCCCGCUCUCGGUCUGGAAGCCCUUCAGCCCCUGCAGCCCGAACCACCUCCGGAGCCUGCCUUUGCUGAGGCACAAAAGUGGAUCGAGCAAGUCACUGGCCGAAGUUUUGGUGAUAAAGACUUCCGGACAGGCCUAGAAAAUGGGAUCCUUCUUUGUGAGUUGCUGAAUGCUAUAAAGCCAGGACUUGUUAAAAAGAUCAAUAGAUUGCCUACCCCCAUUGCAGGAUUGGACAACACCAUCUUAUUCUUGAGAGGCUGUAAAGAGCUUGGCCUUAAAGAAUCACAACUUUUUGACCCUAGUGACCUCCAGGAUACAUCCAGCAGGGUCACUGUCAAGAACCUUGAUUAUAGCCGAAAGCUGAAAAACGUGUUAGUGACCAUUUAUUGGCUGGGGAAAGCCGCAAACAGCUGUGCAUCCUAUAGUGGAACCACACUGAACCUGAAGGAGUUUGAAGGGCUGUUGGCUCAGAUGCGAAAGGAGACUGAUGACAUUGAGAGCCCUAAGCGCAGUAUCCGAGACAGCGGCUACAUUGACUGCUGGGAUUCUGAGCGCAGCGAUUCCCUCUCUCCUCCUCGCCACGGCCGAGAUGACUCCUUUGACAGCCUGGAUUCUUUUGGCUCCCGCUCCCGGCAGACACCUUCACCAGAUGUAGUUCUCAGGGGAAGUAGUGAUGGAAGAGGAAGCGACUCUGAAUCCGACUUGCCGCACCGGAAGUUGCCGGAUGUGAAGAAAGAUGAUAUGUCUGCACGACGGACUUCCCAUGGCGAGCCGAAGUCUGCAGUGCCUUUUAACCAGUACCUCCCAAACAAAAGCAACCAGACGGCCUAUGUCCCCGCACCUCUGAGAAGGAAGAAGGCCGAGCGGGAGGAAUACAGGAAAAGCUGGAGCACGGCUACCUCCCCCCUUGGCGGGGAAAGGCCCUUCAGUUACCCUGAAACAAUAGCGGAGGAGGGAAGUGAAGCAGGGUCUCCAGGUGAAGACAACCCCAGCAGCCCUCACAGUGGGUUAGAACCUCCUCCCAGCAUUGCUGAGGAGCAGUCUCCUGAGGAUGUGGCUGCAGUGCCAGCUGCCAUUCCCGAAGACAGAGAUGCUGUGGAAAGCCAAAAGCGCAGAAGGCUGGAGCAAGCUGGGAUCAAGGUCAUGCCUGCUGCACAGCGCUUUGCCAGUCAAAAGCAAUUGAGAGAUGAGAAAGAAGCUACUCGGGAUAUCAUCCUUCGGAAGGAAAAUCCUUUCCUGACCCAACACAGCAAAGACUCAGAGUCAGAAGAUGAAGCUGCCUGUCAACUACCUGACCUUGAGAAAGAUGACUUUGCUGCAAGGAGGGCAAGGAUGAACCAAAGCAAGCCAAUAGUGCCACUUAUUCAGCUCCUAUAUGGACCUUACCAGAAAAAAGAUGUAGAGAAGAUGGGUGGCAGCAAACAGCUUUCACGGGGACCAUCAGACAAGAACAAUCUAGAAUAUAAAAGAGACCAGGGCCCACCAGAAGAGGUGCACAAAACGGUGGCCUGUGUCACGAGAACUCAGGAGAGUGAACCAAUGGAAACGAAUUUCAGGAGGGCACCAGAUCUUCAGAAGGAUGACCUGGCCCAGAGGAGAAUCCAGGGCAAACAUAACUCUCACCGUGAGGCUCCAAGCUUCAUCAAACUCUCCAAUAUUACAGAAGCUGACCUGGAGACAUGGGAGAGAUUGAAAGUAUCAGGAAAGAUGAGGGACGGAGAUGCUCAGAACACCUGUGCCCCCAAGCCUUCACCAGAAAUCAACGCAGAGACUGCCAUCCGAGAUGACUUUGCCAGCCGUAAAGCACAGGCCUAUAAGAAAGCAGCCAGCCCCAAGCAAAAGUUUGUGCACUUUGGGCCUGUGACAGAGAUAGACCAACAAACUUGGAAGCGACUCAGCAUUGGCAAGGCGGGGCCAAGGGAUGAUGCAAAGGUUGUCAGUCACAGCAGCCAAAGCCAGACUCCCUCUGUGGCGCCUCCCUCUACUGCUCCUUUUAACUUAAAGGAAGACCAAAUGCUUAGUCCACAGAAUGACUGCAGGAUAGUGCAUUAUGGCACAGAGAACAGCCUCAAGAAGGUCCCAUGGCUGGCACCAGUGCCGGAGUCUCAGGAAGAGCAGGUCUGCAUUCACAGCAACAACCCAAAGACAGAGGAAGUUACAUCCACACAGCUGCCACAGGAUAGCAGAGAGCAUAAUGAAGAAGUUAUUCAUAAAGAACUUGAGACGCUGCAAAGAGUGGAAAGACCAGAGGGAUGCAGUGGACCCCUAUACGGUUCGAGAACUCCUGUGUCAGAUGACGCAGAGAGCACGAGUAUGUUUGACAUGCGGUGUGAGGAGGAGGCAGCGGUGCUGCCGCACAGCAGGGCCCGCCAGGAGCAGCUGCAGCUGAUAAAUAACCAGCUGAGGGAAGAGGACGACAAAUGGCAAGAUGACCUGGCUCGUUGGAAGAGCCGUAGAAGAAGUGCUUCUCAGGACUUAAUCAAGAAAGAGGAAGAAAGGAAGAAAAUGGAGAAGCUGAUGUCUGGAGAAGACGGGACAAGUGAACGAAGGAAAAGCAUCAAAACUUAUAGAGAGAUUGUUCAAGAAAAAGAGCGGAGAGAGAGGGAGCUGCACGAGGCCUAUAAGAACGCACGGUCGCAGGAGGAGGCAGAGGGGAUCCUCCAACAGUACAUUGAGAGGUUCACCAUCAGUGAGGCUGUGCUCGAACGCUUGGAGAUGCCAAAAAUUCUGGAAAGAAGCCAUUCAACAGAGCCAAACUUAUCAUCCUUCCCUAGUGACCCCAGCCCCAUGAGGUACUUGAGGCAGCAAUCACUGCCUCCACCCAAAUUCACUGCCACAGUUGAAACCACCAUUGCUCGCACCAGUGCCCCAGAGACCAGCGCAGCAGGCGGCAGUGGACCUCCAAGCAAACCUAUCACUCCCAAUGCAGUGCCUAUGCUGACACCCAAGCCUUACUCCCAGCCCAAAAACUCUCAAGAGGCUCUGAAGACUUUUAAGGUGGAUGGGAAAAUCAGCAUGAAUGGAGAAAUGGUCCAUGAAGAUGAGGAAGAAAAGGAAAAAAAAGGGCCCACGGUGGCCCAGAUGUUUGAAGGUGUGGCCACCGUGCAUGGCUCUCCUGUGCAAGUGAAGCAAGGCAACAACAGCAUUGAGAUCAACAUCCAGAAGCCAAACUCUGCUCCCCAGGAACUGACAGCAGCCUCUGAUGAAACUGAGCCGAAUGGCCAAGAGGAUGGCAACAGUAAUGGGAAGUUGGGGACACAGGAUGUGGAGCUGGCCUCAGCAGAGCCACAGCAUUUUACAACCACUGUGACUCGAUGCAGCCCGACUGUGGCCUUGGUGGAGUUUUCCUCCAGCCCGCAGCUGAAGAACGAGGUGCCAGAAGAACGAGACCAGAAGAAGCCUGAAAAUGAGAUGAGUGGGAAGGUAGAGUUAGUGCUGUCACAGAAGGUGGUAAAGCCAAAAUCCCCAGAACCAGAAGCAACGCUGACGUUUCCAUUUCUUGACAAAAUGCCUGAAACAAACCAACUGCAUUUGCCAAACCUCAGUUCUCAAGAGGUGCCUAGCAGUGCCAGUGUUCCGCUGAGAGUUCAGAACUCUUGGCGACGGUACCAGUUUUUCUCCCAGUCAGUGGAUUCUCCAAGCAGCGAAAAAACUCCUGUCACUACGCCUUUCAAGUUCUGGGCAUGGGACCCGGAAGAGGAACGUAGGCGACAGGAGAAAUGGCAGCAGGAGCAAGAGCGUCUGCUCCAGGAGAGGUACCAGAAGGAACAGGAUAAGUUGAAGGAAGAGUGGGAAAAGGCCCAAAAGGAGGUGGAAGAAGAAGGACGCAGGUACUACGAGGAGGAGCGUAAGAUAAUUGAAGACACUGUGGUCCCAUUCACCCUUUCCUCGAGUUCUGCAGACCAGCUGUCCUCUUCCUCAUCUAUAACUGAAGGUGGUGGGACCAUGAAGAAGAUAGACUUGGAAAACUGUCAAGACAAAGAAAAAGAAAGAAGACCUUUCCAGGAGAAUGGCAGUGACUCAUUGCUCAAGGCCAGGGAAAGUGGUCCACCAGAGGAGGACAGCAUUAGCAGCCUAACUCAAGGACUCUCAGCUCACUCUGAAGACUCCAUAUCAAAAGGAAUCCAUCCUGACCAGCAGCCAGAGGCAGAGGCCAGGGCCCCACACUGUGGUCUAAGCCCACAGCUAGCUCAGGAGCCACCUCAGAACCAACAAGUGUCAAACCCAUCAACAUACACAUCGGAAGAGGAGAAGCCCAAAACCCUGCCCCUGGAUAAAAGUGUCAAUCAUCAGAUCGAGUCUCCGGGUGAAAGGAGGAAGAAAAGCCCUCGAGAGAACUUCCGGGCUGGGCCCUUGUCCCCCUGUUCUCCUACCCCUCCUGGCCAAUCACCAAACAGGUCUAUUAGCGGGAAGAAGCUGUGCUCCUCCUGUGGGCUCGCUUUGGGUAAAGGAGCUGCAAUGAUCAUCGAGACCCUGAAUCUCUACUUUCACAUCCAGUGUUUCAGGUGUGGCAUUUGUAAAGGACAGCUCGGAGAUGCUGUGAGUGGGACGGAUGUUAGGAUUCGCAACGGUUUGCUAAACUGUACUGACUGCUACAUGCGAUCCAGGAGUGCUGGCCAACCUACAACACUGUGAUGUGGGUGGGAGUUUCUGAACCACUGAGCAUUUCUCUAUUAAGGGUGUCCCUUGGCAACUGCUUAAUUAAACCCCAAGUUCAGGGGCUUCCUAGCAUUCAUCUAGUUUCUGGAAGACUCUUCUACAAGGUGGUAUCUGCUCUUUUGUAUUGUAGCACAAUGUUUGUGCUUUUUCUGGUUGGGGCUGAUUUUUUUUUCUGCAUUUGCACAGUAUAUACAAAAGAAUAUUGCAUUGUAACGAUCCUGAACAGUUAACAAAAAAACAGUUUUAGCAUGGGCGGAGGGGCUUAUGGUUGAAAAGGUGUCACUUGAUUCUUUGGGAAAUAGCAAAAGGGUGCAAUAAACCUGUUGUGUUUUAGUAUUUCUAGAAAUUAAACAUGUUAUGUUUACAGAAUUGAGCUGCAGGAAGUGUGAAACAUGCCAACUUAAGACAGGAACAUAAAGUGAAUGCAUUUCAGAAAAACUAGACACCCCAGAAAGCCCUGACUCUGAACUGUAACUUUAGUACAAAGACACUAGUCUGAUAAUACAUACUGUACUCCUGCAAACUUUUGUGUUACUUACCUUUGGGGGGCAGAAAUCCUACCAAUAAGUUAUCACACUAUUAGUAUUAGAUUUUGUGUACCCUGGAAGUCCUGUCAUUAAUAUAGGCUGGCCCAUCAAAUGAAGAGAGCCCAUGUGAUAUCGCUAGACUUCCACCCUAUGACAUUGUGCAAGGGUAGGAAGAAGCAGGAAAAAGAUAGACCAGCCAUUGUCUUCAGAUGUACUAUAAAAUCUAUGAGGAAGUGUCAUCUGCCUGGGUGGUGUGUCAAUGGUAGGUAGCCUUGAGGCUUGGGCCACCUGCUUUCCCCAAGCACUGGGUUAGGGAUGUUGAGGGGUUUGAUGUGAGGAUGUGGGUGUUAGACGUCAUGGACAGUCUGUCUUUGAGGAUGAGCACAUCUCAUCUUUACCUGCAAGUUUUCCUUGGGGGCUGAAGCCCAGGUAUCCAAAGAGAAGCAUUAAGUCCAUCCUAACAGAACGGGAUGGCAUGGUGUGACAAGCCCACAUCCUGGUCUGUAAGUGGCAGCAACACAGGGCAGACUGUGUCCUCCCCGCUCCCACGGACCUGUGUGCACCUUCAUUCUCCCAUGUCACCUUCUUUACUCUCAAGAAUCCUGGACCUGACCCGGUGGAGUCUAGAAAGGGAUGCCUGUGGAGAUCUGUUUUUUUUUUUUCCCCUCUGCCCUAUGUGAUAAGUUUCAGCUGGACAGGACAGGAAUGAAGUGGCUAAACCAGCAUGACUUAGCUCUCCAGGCAGUUUUCCUUAAGACUUGGGGAAGGGGGACUAUUUAUUCUGCCUUAAAAGGAUGGCAACUAAGUAACGAUGAUGUUAGGUGAAUGUAGACUAUGGAUACACUCCUAGUAGGCUAAUGUAGCAUAGAGAGUGAGCAAGUAGAUGUUUUUCUGUCAUGUUAGCAAUAAUUUUUUCUGUGUCUUAUGGAGUAUGGCUAGCAAUUAUUUAUUUUCAUGCUAGACGGUUCUUUGCAUGUGGGUUCCCUAUAGGUGCAGGCAUCUCCUGGCUACUGGAGGCAUAUUGACCACUUUGUCAUUUGGACGAGCUAUUAUUGGAUUGAAAUUCACACACCAUUUCAUUAAAAAUUGUGCCUUAGAAAAUGCAAAGCUGUUGCACAUAGUGAUGAAUGGCAGAUUCAGAACACCGAAGGGAAAUGAAGUCACUUCCCAGUUCUCAUGAUUUCUCUCAGAGGUGUUUGCUGCUCUACAAGGAAAAUAAAUAAAUAAAAGAUUUUAAAAGACAAAAAAGAAAAAAAAUUUAAAAAGUUUUGAAAAUGUACAGAUCAAGUCCAAUAUUUUGAUGAAGCACCUGCAUGUUUUAUUAACUAUUUUAAUAAUGUGGAUGUUUACACUUUGCAUGACAUUAACAGAAUACUUUACAAGAGACGAUGCACAAAACAUGUACAAUAUGGUCAUUCAUAAGCAACUUUUAUAGAAUACUUUUUACAUGUGCGAGGCCAUCCAUUAUGUCAGGAGCAUAUGAGUAUUGCACAUCUUUCCAGUUUCACAAAGCCAUUUAUACACAUUUCUUAGAGAGACUCAUUGUAUGUGUAGUGAAACGAGACUAGAGUCAAGAGGAAUAAGCCCCAUCCCCAAGUGUGGAGCGUGCUUUCCCGUAAUGAACACUAGUCACCAGCCUGGAAUAAUCUCCAACGUUUUCUAAAUUCUAAUUGCCAACUGUUUCUAUUUCUAUUUGAUUUAUAUUUCAUUUAGAGCCAGUUACAUGGCAGCUUCAGCAGUCUAGAUCUCGUUGUUUUCCAAUGCAGCAUAAAAGACUAUGAUCUAUUUCUCUUCAAAUAAUCUUUGAGAUCCCAGGGAAAAAAAAAACUGCUCUGUUUCGUGGAGCUGUAAUGUAAAUGUGUUUGUUUAAAACCCAGACAAGGCAAGUGAGUGAUUGAUUGUUCCUGGGGGACUGUAGCUGAGUCUCCCACUCAGACUCCAAAUGCUUCCUUCCCAAGGACAAAAAUGGGUGGCUCUGUUUCUCACUAGCAAACUUUCAUGCCAUUUGUCCUUCUAUGUAAUGUCAUUAACAUGAUACAUAUUCUAGUUACUUGUACAUGGUGUAAGAUUCAGUGAACUGAAAUGCUCCAACUUUCAAUGUGAGUCCAUCCAAGACAUGUUCCUGAUCUGGGCGGGCGACAUUCUGUGUCAAUUACACUAACUGUCAUUUACAAUAUUUAUUCUAAGAUGCCUCUGAGAAAUAGUUUAAAAAAUUAAAAAAUGAAAAGUUGUCUAAAAUGCAACAGCUUUUAUAGUAAAUGUACAUUUAUAAAUAAAAUACUCAAAUCCA